AUGACAGCAACAUGCUUAAUCUGUUUGUGCCUUCUGCUCUCUCUCGAAUACGUUCAGUGUCAAAACUGUGGAAAAAAUACAGAAAAUAGGGACCCUGGUUGCCCAGGAGGAGGAGGAGGUGGAGGUGGUGGAGGGGAUACACCAGCCCCAGACCCAGCCACAACGACAACAACGACGACGACAACAACGACGACAACCACGCUACCACCCACAACGACCACGACCACAACACAACCACAAUCAACGACCACCACCACAACAACUGAACCACCUACAACGACCACGACCACCACCACCACCGAGCCGCCUACAACCACCACCACUACCCCGACGACGACCACUACGCCAUCUACAACGACAGGGCCGACAACAACCACACCUAAACCGCGAGUGUUUUCCACGGCACUAGAAAUGUCAACAUUCAUCGAGGAUACUUUUAUAAAGUCUACAAAGACUUAUAACAAUUUGAUAUUUCCUCGAAAAAAUUUCAAUAGGACCAUAGAGGUAGACAUUAACUUCAGUUUAAUAGCAAUCACAGAGUUAAAUGAAAUAGCCGGUACGUUAGAGGUUAUUGGGAUACUGACUUUGACUUGGUAUGAUGAGUUAGUGGAUGAUUCUUAUGACAGUGAUGCACACGGUAAAUUCUCAGAAAUUGCAAUUCCUCAUAGAUUCGUCUGGAAGCCUCCUGUCUCUCUGUUUAAUUCCGCGUCAGCCAUAGUGCCUGUUGGGGAUGAUUCUAACUAUGUUCGAAUGUACAGGAUCACAGAGGCAACUGAUCCUUACAACAAUCACGGUAAAAUGGAAUGGAGACCCGGUGUUGUGACAAAAACUGGAUGUGUUGUAGAUGUGGCCUAUUUCCCCUUUGAUAAACAGACUUGUAACAUAACCUUUACCCACUGGGGUUACAGUGACAAAGAAGUUGUAUUUGUACCUACUGCAACGAGUUUGGAUCUGAGAGAUUAUACACCAUCAGACGAAUGGACCCUUUCAAAUACAAAACUGAUUGUUGAAUCUCUGGAUGGUGGUUCUUUUGUCAAAAUGGAAAUUACACUAACACGAAAGCCCACAUACUAUUUGGUUAAUUUUUUCUUGCCAAUUAUCAUCUUGGGUAUUCUGAAUGCUCUGGUUUUUGUCCUUCCUCUGGAAAGUGGAGAGAGGGUCGGUUACUCUGUCACAGCAUUUUUGUCAUUUGCAGUUUACUUAACUUUGAUUGCAGACGGAAUGCCUAGGACAUCAGAGCCAAUGGCAAUCCUGAGUUACUACCUUAUGUCGAUGGUGGUCGUUAGUGCGGUUGCUACCAUCAUAACCAUCUUCACUCUCCGCGUCUACCUAAAGGAUGAAGACGACCCUGUACCCUCGUGUCUUGCCCUUUUCAUUGCUUGUCUUAAUUGUCGAGUCUGUAGGAGGGAUGACGACGAUGAAGAUGAAGAGGAGGAGACGCCAUUAUUAGCUGCAGACGAACUGGAAUUAGAAACAAUGAGACAAGGAUCAGCGAGGAAAUCGCGAUCCCAUAUCGAUGAAAUUGAGAGUAUUUACAGCGAUGAUUCUCCUCAGAAUCGAUACGACGUGGAUUGGAAGCUUGUGGCGAGCACUUUGGAUGUGUUUUCUCUUCUUGCUAUUCUAGGAGGAAGUGUGGCCAUUGCGGUAGUGUUUUUGGUACCAUUGGUUGCUCAGAUGUAA